AUGGCGAUCAUAGAAAUCGACCUCGAUGCUGAACAAGCAGCCUUCGAAAAGGAGGUUGCAGAAGUUGAGGCGUGGUGGAAGUCUCCUCGACAUGCUGCGCUGAGACGCGCCAGGCGGGUGGUAAUGCUACGGCAUAGUCAACGCAGAGAAUAUGCAUCUAGCACUCAGGCCAUGAAGCUAUGGAACAUACUGCAGGAGCAUCUACGAAAUGGAACACACGAGCUUACAUACGGUGCUACCGAUCCGGUGGUCAUUGGCCAGAUGGCUAAAUACCAACAGACAGUGUACGUCUCUGGCGCUGUCUGCGGCACAACUCGCGUCCUAGAGCCAGGCAUUGACCAUGCAGACUAUCCAUGGGACACCGUUCCCAAAAUCAUCGAUCAAAUCUACCACUCUCAGAUGUGGAAUGACCAACGCCAGCGGAAUCUCCGCAUGUCACGUACUCGAGAAGAGAGAUCCAAGAUGCCCUUUGUCGACUACAUGGCGCCCAUUAUCGCAGAUGGAGAUAUGGGAUUUGGUGGAUUAACGUCUACUAUCAAGAUGGCCAAGGCAUUUGUGGAAGCUGGAGUUGCAAUGAUCCAUGUCGAUGAUUUGGCAUCUGGUAUGAAGCGGUUUACUAUCGGUCAGGGUCGCACUUUGGUUCCUAUUUCGGAAUAUGAGUCGCGACUCUGCGCUGUGAGGAUGCAGUUUGAUAUCAUGGGUGCAGAUACAAUGCUAUUACUUCGGUCAGACUGCAUCAAAGCUGAAUUCAUCACCUCCUGCAUCGACCCGCGAGACCACGAAUAUAUAGUCGGCGCAACAGCGCAGAACAUCGAGCCCUUCACCGCAGCCAUGACACGAGCAAUUGAAGGUGGAGAAACCAAUCCAGUCGUAGUACGAAAGCAAUGGGCACAGACAGCCGGACUUAUGACUUUUGAUGACGCAGUCAAAUCCCAGGCUGAUAGUGAAGACCAAUAUCUUUCCUAUAAUGCCGAGAUAUCAAAGGCAGAAACAGCAUUGUCGCUAGCACAAAGGCGAGAGAAAGCUCGGCAGGCGUUGGGUAAGGAUGUAUAUUUUGAUUGGGAGCUGCCUCGCAGUUUGCAAGGUCAGUAUAUGUAUAAGUGGUCUGUCAAAGCAGCGAUAGAGCGGUGUCUUGCUGCUGCACCUUUUGGUGAUCUUUCAUGGCCACGCAUGGAUUUUCCUGAUGAAAAAAUCGUCAGCGAAAUCCACAAUGCCGUCCGAGCUCACUAUCCAAACCGCAUGUUCGGAUAUGGCUACACAAACACUUACGACUGGGAAGGAAACGGAUUCUCCCUUCAAGACAUCAAAGAAUAUCCUUCGCGCGUGGCCAAACAUGGCGCAGUCUUCCAAAUCCAGCCCACGUGGCCAAUUCAGGGCUUCCGGCAUUAUGCGGACCAGUGCUGUGAGGUCUUGCAUCGGGAUGGUAUUGCAGGCUACUAUGAGGAGAUACAAAAGCCUGCUCUGGCAAGGCCGGGUAUUGGAGGAGACAGUACGCUAGAGUUGAGCGGUGCAUAUUUAGCGGAUGCUUUUUUUGCGACGAUUGGCGCAAGGGAUACGUGA